AUGAAGUUCGGCAGUUACCUCGCGGACAACGCGACGCCCGAAUGGGCUCGCGCGUAUAUUGACUACCGCGCACUCAAGAAGCAAAUCAAGCGCAUCGUCGCACGCAUGCACGAUGAGGGCGAGGACGUCGACGACCGGUCCUCGGACGACGAGGACCACGGCCCCUCCCGACGCGCCGUGGACACAAGCGGGCGUACCCAGAUCGGGACCGCUCGGCCAACCCCAGAACGGACGUCAAGCUAUCGCUCGGGGCGGUCAAGUGCCUCGGCCGUUGGUGUGCGCCCAGCUGUCACGAAUCCCAGCGCUGUCCGCUCCCCGUUGAGCUCGACCGAGGUUCACCAAUCCACCCCGGCGACCCCGUUAACUAGUGACCGACCGAGCCCCAGUUACGCCACAAUCGCCGCCAAUGCUGUCCGCACCGUAUCGGACGAUGGAAGCAGCAACGCGAGCGGCGCGGACGCGGACGUGGAAGGCGAGGGUGAGACCGAGGGCGAGUCUCAGCCUGUCCCAGCCAACGCCGACACCGGACAGCCAUCCGACAGUUGGAAGUGGAAGAGGAGAGGAUCUGUCCUAAUCGCGGGUUUAUCGCCCAAGCUCUCAUUAAUCCCGGGCCGCGCACAGGCGAGUGUUGGCCUCUCGCCUGCUAACACGCAAGACGCGCCCAGCGGGAACCGCUCGAUCCGCUCGUUGAGGUUGCCAUCGCCCAAGCUACAGGCGCGUAGCUACCGGACAUUUGAAGAGUUGUACGACACUCUCGAGCCAGACGAGAAGGCCUUUUUUGACCUCCUCGACCAGCAGCUAGAGAAGGUCGAGGAUUUCUACUCGGCGCGCGAGACCGAGGCAACGCGCCGAUUCCACCAGUUGAGCGACCAGCUCACAGAACUCGCCGAGCACAGGCGCAUCUUCCACGAGCAAUACCCCGAGGGCGUACCAGAGUGGGAGGCGAAGAUGGGCCGGGCACUCCAGAUCCCCGGCUACGACGAGUUCUGGCCGUCGAGGAUCGCGCAGAAGCUCCACCUCCGCCAACCAUCCAUGCUCAAGGGCAACUCGAGGAGGAACUCUACCAAUAGUAGAGCCACUGUUGUCCCAUUUCCAUUGACUGGCCUCACCACUCCGUCGGGGAGUGGGUCGGACGUCGGGGCGGGCAGUGCGAACGGCGCAAGAGUGACAAAGUUGCCGCGUCAAUACAACCCCGAGCGGUACCUCAAGUACAAGAAGGACUUGCGCAACGCGAUGUUCGAGUUCUACCGCCAGCUCGAGCUGCUCAAGAACUACCGCAUUCUCAAUCUAACAGGCUUCCGCAAGGCGCUGAAGAAGUUCGAGAAGGCCACUAGAAUCCAGUGCCUGGAACUUUACACAGAGGACCGAAUCGGGCCGUGCUCUUUUGCGCGUGGCGAGACCAUCGACUCACUCAUCCGACAGACCGAGGAGUUGUUCACGAAGCACUUCGAGCACGGUGACGCGAAGCGCGCGCGACUCAAGCUCCGUGAGGGUGACCAGCCUAUGACGCACUACCUCACCGUUUUCCGAUCAGCGAUGAUGAUGGGCUUAGGCCUGCCAGCCAUGGUCCUCGCCAUUGUCAAGGUGUUCGACGAGCACACGCGCGAAGAGAUUCCCGAGUGGGGCGCGCUCCUGCAGCUGUACAGCGGCCUGUUUAUCCCCGUCUUCUUCGGGUUACUCUUUGAGCUCAACCUCACGGCAUGGGUCGAGGCGCGCAUCAACUAUGAGUUCGUCAUGGAGCUCAAUCGCCCGACCCUCGAUUACCGGAGUUUCAUGGAGAUCCCGAGCUUCCUCUUCAUGACGCUGAGCUACUGUCUCUUCUUCAGCUUCUACCAAAUCGCGCGUGGCAGUGUCGCCGUUACAACAUGGCCCCUGGCCUGGACAGUGUUCACGUGUGCCUUCUUCCUCAACCCCCUCCCGAUCUUCCGGCGGCGCGUUCGCUGGUGGUUCCUUCGCGUACUUUUCCGUGUGUGCACGCCCGGCUACUCGCGUGUCGAGUUCAUCGCCUUCUUCGUCGCGGAUGAGCUCAACUCUCUCGUCUACACCCUCCAGAACUUCAUGUUCAUGGGCUGCGUGUAUGCCAAGCACUGGCCGGGCGACCAGACAUUUCACGUGUGUAAGACAGGCCAGUCGUGGCCGUACGCACUCUUAGCGGUGCUCCCCCCGCUCUCGCGUUUGAUCCAGUGCUUAAAGCGUUACCAUGAUUCUGGGCUCUACAUCCAUCUCAUCAACGGCGGCAAGUACUGUUCAUCGAUCCUCACGGCAUGCCUCUUCGUAUACUGGCGGAGCCAAGCGAAGCCUCUGGAAGGAGCGCCCUUCAUCGUCUGGGUCAUCUUCGCGACCGUGUCGAGCGCCUACACCUCGAUCUGGGAUUUGGUGGUCGACUGGAGUCUGCUACGUCCCGGCUGCCGCGGUCUCCGCAGGGACCUCGGGUACAGCUCCCACUCAUUCUACUACUUUGCGAUGGUGUCUAACGUGCUCAUCCGCUUUAUCUGGAUUUGGUACAUUCCCCACCACGCCAACCUCACCAAGCUCCGCUCGUUCAUAUUCGCGAUGUUCGAGAUGCUGCGCCGCUGGCAGUGGAACUUUUUCCGUGUCGAGACCGAACAUCUCGGUAACGCUGACGCGUACCGUGUCACGCGCGAGAUUCCGCUGCCCUACCGUUCCACGAAACGCAGCGACUCUGACGAUGAAUACUCGAGCGUCAAGUCAUCGAUGAAGACGACGCCACUAAUGGCCAAGCUACGGCACAUCCGCACGACUAUUGUUGGCGAGCAUGCCGCCGGCCGCGGGCUUGACGCGCUCAACGUUGGCGCGCGCGGGCACGCUGCACAGCGGGAGUACGAGGCGCGGCGUCCAGGCGACUUUGUGCGCAGCUCGGGCUCGGCACGCCCUGCUGCUGUGCAGCGUUCAGUGUCACGUCGUACCAACGCCAGCGACGACAGCAACGUAUAA